CCUACUUCAUCCUGACCAGGUUACCAGGUGACUCUUAGCAUGAGGAUCUUGGCCCUGUUCACUGUUCUUCUCUUCCUCACCCUCCAUGGGCAAUCUCAACCCCUUGGAGAGUCCAUUGACCAAGUGCAAACAGUAGAUCACCAGGGGACAGAGACAAAGGACCAGACUCCCAUGACAGAUGAUGAGAACACCUCCAUGGACCAAAUAGAUGCUGAAGGCACAGGCAUGACCAUCUCCUUUGAAGUUGAUGAACAUCUUGCUCAAGACACUGCAGGCCAAGGGAAAGCAGCUGCCUGCUACUGCAGACGUGCAAGGUGCCAGUUCUUGGAGCGUCUCAGUGGGUGGUGUCGAAUUGGUGGUCUCCCGUUCAACUUUUGCUGUAGAUGAGCCUGUACAGGAAUCUGCAUCUAGACCCAGACAGUGUUAACACUUUGUACUCUUCCUCCUCCCUUGGAAAUAAACUUCAAACAUGAAACGUGGA